AUGUCAGUUGUGACCAAUUUAAUCAUCUACAUGUGCGAAAGCUUUUUCAUAAUCGUCGCCAAUAUUCCGCUUGUCAUAGCGAUUCUACUAAGAAAACGAAAUCGCGAACGUCGAGAAUUUCUUAUCGCGGCGGCUAUGAUAUUGGGUGAUAUCAUCUACGCUUUGGGAUUCUUCCUUUCGGCCACGAAAAUGCUUGAAAACUUAUCACGUGGUGAGCAGUUAAAAACCCGAUCCGAGUGCAUGAUGCAUGUGUCAACGAUCGCUCUCUUUUUUGGGUCAUCGUUGAUCGGCCAGAUGAAUACGGUAACGGCAAUUGAUCGUUUCCUGGCCGUCGCCUUUCCCAUAUGGUAUUAUCAGACCACAGCUUGUUAUCCCAUCGUUAUGCUCUCAGAGCUCCGAUUUCGCGGCGUUGGGUUGGACGAGUACGUAGAGGCUGCUAAAAUCUCAGGCUCAAUGGAAGCUGCGUGGAUUACAAAGAAUUAUGGUGACGAUCUGUGCCUAUAA